CUAGUGCAAGACCACAUGCCCCACAAUGCAUUGCGACUCCAUCAUGGCGCCCCACACGACCGCCUGACAAGCGACACUAAGGGCUGCUGAAGGUAAACAGUUCUGUUCUUCGCGGUAAACUAGCUAACUUAGCAAGUACGGGAGGAUGAAAUUGUUGCUGACGACACUGAAACACACACGAAAGCCAGCUGUUUACCUUUGCCGACGGUGCUGUUCGAGCCCCAUAAGCAGCGGUGGAUUGUCAUCGCUCCAAGAUGAGGUGAUGGUGGGGUCAAGCCUGGAGCUGGUACAGACUGUGGGCUCUCAGGUGGAGGUGAGGCCGGGCUUCAUCACAGAGGAGGAGGAGGCUGUCCUGCUGCAAGAGCUGGAGCCAGGUCUGAGGAAGAAACGCUACGAGUUCGACCACUGGGACGAUGCAAUUCAUGGCUACAGAGAGACGGAGCGUCUGAGGUGGGCGCCGCCGUGUGAGGAGAUCCUGAACCGUGUCCGGUCUGUAGCGUUUCCUCGGGGCGCUCCUUUUCUGGGGCCCGUGCACGUUCUGGAUUUGGACAAAGCUGGCUACAUCAAGCCCCACGUCGACAGCGUCAAGUUUUGUGGCAGCACCAUUGCUGGUUUGAGUCUUUUAUCUGACAGCAUCAUGCGUUUAGUAAAGGAGAAUGAGCCAAAUGAAUGGCUGGAUCUGUUGCUGACUCGUCGCUCCCUCUACAUACUGAGGGACCAGGCCAGAUAUGACUUCACUCAUGAGAUCCUUAAAGAUGAAGAGUCAGUGUUUAACGGACACAGGGUGCCGCGGCAGCGCCGGAUCUCCGUUAUCUGUCGUAACCUUCCAGGCUGACGCGCUCUCUGUUAGCAUAUCAGCAUAAUGUAGACUGGCUAAAAAAAAUCUUACCAGAUUAUACCUGGAUAUCGAAACCAAAAGAACCUACUUUGACUAAGUUGAUAUGAAACUGAUGGAAAGGUUUUGGAUUGUAUUUAUAUAAUACCAUCACUCUGAUGUGUUUUUUCGCUUUCUGUAUAAUACAGACACUCUUUUGGAAGUAUUGAAACAACUCUCCAUCUAAAAGUAAUGUUUCUUCCAAAAUGUAAUUGUUUUAAAACAAUAAAUGUUGAAAGACCUCAA